GAGUAGGAGUUUGCCAAGCACAGGGCAGAGAAGGAAUUUGGGAUAAAGGGACCUGCCUGAGCAAAGGCAUUGGGCAGGAAACCUGCUAGAUCAGCAUUCCUCUUGGGUGAAGUGCAAAGUUUUUUAACUCAGUCAAUUAAAUGCAGCCUGAAGUUGACACGAAAUAAUAACCCAGAACGCUUACUGAACACUAGGUUCUUGGAUUCGUACACUCGAAACUCUCUGAGAGUAGAUUAUUUCAUACGGUUUGGCCACGGCAGUGUGUGGAAAGUUUCUCAGUAGAGCACAGCAGUAGCAGAAUCCCAUGGUAGCCAGGUGGGUGAAGGGGAGCGAGGACGUCCCACCUGCCUUGAAGAAGUCGCCUUCUGACCCGCUGAGUGAGUUACCAGGGGUUCCCAAGAGCCUGACAAUGGAUGCCAUUCACAUUAGCAUGUCCAGUGCUCCUCUGGUGAAGCACAGUGUGGGAGCUGGACACAAGACCCACCGGCCCCGAGUCAUGUCCAAGAGUGGACACAGCAACGUGAGGAUCGACAAAGUGGACGGCAUAUACUUACUCUACCUUCAAGACUUGUGGACUACUGUUAUUGACAUGAAGUGGAGAUACAAGCUCACCCUGUUUGCUGCCACCUUCGUGAUGACCUGGUUCCUUUUUGGAGUAAUCUACUACGCCAUUGCGUUUAUUCAUGGGGACUUAGAACCCAGUGAGCGUAUUUCAAAUCACAACCCCUGCAUCAUGAAAGUGGACUCUCUCACAGGUGCCUUUCUCUUUUCCCUAGAAUCCCAGACAACCAUUGGCUAUGGAGUCCGUUCCAUCACAGAGGAAUGUCCUCAUGCCAUUUUCCUGUUGGUUGCUCAGUUGGUCAUCACGACCUUGAUUGAGAUCUUCAUCACGGGCACCUUCCUGGCAAAAAUAGCCAGACCCAAAAAGCGAGCAGAGACCAUCAAGUUCAGCCACUGUGCUGUCAUCACCAAGCAGAACGGGAAGCUGUGCUUGGUCAUCCAAGUGGCCAACAUGAGGAAGAGUCUCCUGAUUCAGUGCCAGCUCUCCGGCAAGCUCCUCCAGACCCAUGUCACCAAGGAGGGGGAGCGGAUCCUCCUCAACCAAGCCACCGUCAAAUUCCACGUGGACUCUUCUUCCGAGAGCCCCUUCCUCAUUUUGCCCAUGACAUUCUACCACGUGCUGGAUGAGACAAGCCCCCUGAGAGACCUCACACCGCAAAACCUGAAGGAGAAGGAGUUUGAACUUGUGGUCCUCCUCAACGCCACCGUGGAAUCCACCAGCGCUGUCUGCCAGAGCCGCACAUCUUAUAUCCCAGAGGAGAUCUACUGGGGUUUUGAGUUUGUGCCUGUGGUUUCUCUCUCCAAAAACGGAAAGUAUGUGGCUGAUUUCAGUCAGUUUGAGCAGAUCCGGAAGAGCUCAGACUGUACCUUUUACUGUGCGGAUUCUGAGAAGCAGAAACUUGAGGAGAAGUACAGGCAGGAGGAUCAGAGGGAAAGAGAACUGAGAACACUUUUGUUACAACAGAGCAACGUCUGAUGGCCGUGGUGUUGCCUCGGUUUAACUCUGCCAACUGUUUCCACAUCUGAGCUCGCUCCAAACGCAAAGGUCACUGUGAAAGUGAAAAUGUGUAGACACACUCUAAAAAACCUCACAGACUACAAAAUUGAUCUUUUCCUUUGUUCUGGUGGCUAAAUACGCAUUUCCAUGUUUGAGAGGGUUCCUUUUAAAUGCUUUGUCUGAAGCGAACUCUCAAAAUUCAAAUUUUCUAAAAUGGGGCUACAUUUCAAAGAACUUGGUGUAGAGCAAUUGAAUAAAAUGUCCUGCUGGAUGGACAGACGUUUAGCAAUGCUGAUAUUGAAGGGAAAUGCAUUUCUAUACAAGGAUAUCAGAUUUAUUCAAUCCAAGUAUCAAAGAUAUUGUGGUCAAGAGUUGAAAUGUGAUUCGGUAUUCAUUAAUAUCAUCGCUCUAAAACACUCUUUUUUCCAUCAUAGAAAAUGUUAUAUAUAAUGGCUGCUACCUGGUGAUACCUCAACAGGGGCAAGAGGACUCUGUACUCACAAAAUGCAAUGAUUCCAUUUUCACCUCUCUUCCGUGGAUUUAAUUGUACGGAAUGAAAUUGAUCAUAUCAGGAAUUAACAGUUGUGAAAACAGAUACAAAUGCAGCUGAUGCCAUUGUCACACUAAUUUUUUUGUUGGAAUGUACUAGCCCAUGUCUAUUCGAAAUGUGGU